CAAGCUUUAACGAAACAGAAUCAAAUUCAUAAAAAGUCCUUCCAUCUUUUUGGUCGAGUCUCCUACCUUCCUUCCUGCCUUCUUUUCUAUCUCUUCACCCUCUCUCUCCAUGAAAACUCAAAGAUAAACUUCAAUCUCAAUCCAAAAAUUCCAUUCAAAUUCCGUUGGAACAUCGCCAAAUCGACGGAGGCGAUGUUCUCUCGAUGGGCCAUCAAACACGUCUGCAAAUUCCUCCUGAAGAAGAAAUUGGGGAAAUUCAUACUCGGCGAUCUCGACCUUGACCAUCUCGAUGUCCAGCUCAGCAAAGGCACGAUCCAGCUCACCGACCUUGCCCUUGACGUCGAUUAUAUUAACCAGAAGUUGGGUGUGGCGCCAGUCAUUGUAAAAGAAGGAUCUAUUGGUUCCCUAAUAGUUACAAUUCCAUGGAAGGUAAAAAGUUGUCAAAUUGAAGUGGAGGAACUUGAGCUUGUGCUGGCUCCGCGUGUGGGGAGCAAUUUACCAGCAGACACAGAUGAACUUUUGUUGGAUCGAGAUGGUAAAAAAUCUGUCAGUAAUGGCCUAGAAAAGGUUGAGUCUGAGAUGGACCAUGGCAGUGCUGCAUCUGUUUCUCCGGAUGUUCAUGAAGGGGUUAAGACAAUUGCCAAGAUGGUCAAAUGGUUGCUUACGAGCUUCCAUGUAAAAAUAAAAAAUUUAAUUUUUGCUUUUGAUCCAUGUUCAGAGAAGUAUGAGAAGAGAUCCAAGCCUCAAAGACUCCUGGUUCUUCGUAUUCCAGAAACAGAAUAUGGAACAUGCGUUUCCGAAGAAGCUAGCCCAAUUUCUGAUUCAGGAGCUGACAGCUUUCUGGGGAUGAGUAGAUUAACAACUUUUGUAAAGUUUCGAGGAGCCAUAAUUGACCUUCUUCAAAUGGAUAAUGUUGGCAAUCAGUCACCACAUACAACUGCUUCAGGAACAGCCUUCAAUGAGAAAUAUACUGGAAGCUUGCCUUCAGGUACAACUCCAAUUUUGACUGGGGAAAUUGGUGGAUUUUCAGGGAUGCUGAAAUUAAGUAUGCCUUGGAAAAAUGGUUCUUUAGACAUUCGCAAAGUGGAUGCAGAUGUUUCUAUUGAUCCUAUGCAAUUAAGGCUUCAGCCCAGCACCAUUAACUGGAUCAUAUGUUUAUGGGAAUGUCUCAAGAAUGCGGGCAUGGAUGAAUGUCCCAAGAAUGUGGGCAUGGAUGAAAGAAGCAAUUUGCAUCACAGGGCUACAGAUUCUGCUCUUCUCAAUUCUACAUCUUGCUACCAGUCUUUUACCCUAGCUACGGGUAGAGUGACACCAAGCAGUGAAAAGUUUUCAUCAGGCUUUUGCUCUCCAACUGGUCAAGAAACAGCAACAGAUGCUUUACUGCCAGGGACCCAUGUGAUUCCCCACUGGGUGCCAUUCUCCAUCAACAAGGAUCCAAAAGAUGGAACUGAAGCAGAAAACUAUGGGGCGAGCAUAGAUCAAUUUUUUGAAUGUUUUGAUGGAAUGAGGAGUUCCCAAUCUGCUUUAGGCACCAGUGGUAUAUGGAACUGGACUUCGUCUGUCUUCAGUGCAAUAACGGCUGCGUCAAGCCUUGCUUCUGGGUCUGUGCAUAUCUCCUCCAAGCAACAGCAUGUGGAAACAAACCUAAGGGCAACUGUUGUUGGGUUUUCAGUUGUUCUUUCAUUCUAUGAUGAACACCAGGAGCAGUCACAAGACUCAAAGGGUGGUAACAGAAAUAUCGGGGACCUUGAUGAAUUAAAAUAUGAGAGUUACUCAAUCAGCAAUACGGCUAUCCGAUCUCUAAAUGGGCUCAACCCUGGUUCUGCCAUGCCAACCUUUUCUUCUAUGAAUGUUGAGCAGUCAACCACAACCGAGUUUAUUUCAUUUGGUCAGAAUGUACAUUAUCUAGAAGCAAAAUUUUGGGACUUGGUUCUUACUUUGCAGGUCUGUCCUCAAAAAAUGAAGUUUGAAGCAAUGAUAAACUGCAUCGAGGUUGAUGACUGCUUUGACAAUGGAAACAAGGCUGUGGAUGUUGGCUUCUCGAACUGCGAGCACACUUCUCAAAGCCAGAUGCUUUUGGUCCAAAAUUUGCAGGCACAAGUUCAAGAUGCUUUGCCACCGUUUCCCUUUUCUGCUCAAGAUCCUGAUUCAGAACCAACAAAUGGAUCCAGUACUGCAGAAGAUCCUUUAUGCAAGUCCUCAACUGUGAUAGCACAGGGAGUUAAUAAUAGGACUGCUUGUAAGGCUGCGAUUGUCAAGGUUAAGUUGUUGAAAUCUCACAGUGAGCGUGGUUGUCAAGUUGCUGUCAAUACCACUUCUUUGGAUGAUGGGUCAAGAGCAUCAACUUCUUUUUCUGUAAAGCUGCCCCCAUUCAUCUUGUGGGUGAACUUUAAUCUGGUCAAUUUGCUGUUGGAUCUCUCUAAGAAGGUAGGGCAUUAUUCUGAAACAACCAACAGGAAUAAAGAUUUUAGGUCUGAAGUUUUCGGGAAGAAGCAUGAUUUUUCAUGUCACAGGGGCAUCAAAACAGGCACUUGUACUUGUGUCAAGAAUGUUUCUCCAAGUGGAAGUGUACAAGGAGACAUUGUUGUUUCCCGUACAAGGGUUGUAUUAUGUUUCCCUUAUGAGAGUCAUGGAGAUUUUAGACACUGCUCUUCCUGGGAGGAGUUUGUAUGCCUUGAUUUUUCUCCGUCUUCGAGUAUGAAACCAAUUCCACAUACAAGUUCUCAAAAGGGAUACUCUGAUACUCGUUCCAGUUCCAUUAAUUUGAACUUCGGAGAUCUUAACGUCUACUUAAUCACUUCUGACAGUAAAAGUGCAGGAAACAACUACAGUACCAUUGACCGCCGGACCUUUUCUGCUGAGAAAAUUCUUUCUGCUAUCCAAGAAACAGAUGAUUACUCCAUCAUUCGUAUGUCUUGGCAGGGGGGUCCUGUAACAGGGCCUUGGAUAAAAAGAAAAGCUUGGCAUCUUGCUACUUCACAAGAUUCAAGAAGCAGAAAUAAAGUGAUGGGAAAAGGUUAUGACUUUGCAUCUGUAACGACUGCAGAAGAUCUAUGGGAGACAAAUUCUUGCAUGCGACAGGAGAUGAUUCUGAGCUCUGCCUUUGUACUUCACAUCUGUCUUUCUCUUGUUUGGAUCCACCUUGGCAGUUCUGAAUAUAAAUUACUCGAUCGCCUUCUACAUCAGGUCUUGGAUGGCUUUGCACAUGUAGCUCAUGAUACAGAGGCAAGUCUAGAUGAUAGCGUUGAGAUAGAGCGGGCUUCCCCUGGUGAUGGCAAUUCGUCUCAGGUGUCAGUUCUUGUGGAAUGUGAUGCAGUAGAUCUUUUCAUUAGCUUGGAGAAGGGGGCAGAUAUUAAAUGCUUAAUUCAGAAGGAGCUCCCAGGUACAUGGGAUGUCUUAAGAUUGACAGUUGCGAAAUUUGGGUUGUUCUCUGUCUCAAGCAUCGGGGGCGUUAGUGGUGCCAAUUAUGUUUGGGUUAGCCAUGUUGAAGGUGAGUUGCGUGGUUGUCUCAGUGGGAUGGUCAAUGAGGCUUCUGUUGGUGGUCAAGAUCUUCUCCUGAUCUCAUGCAAGAACUCCACAAUGCGGCGAGGUGGUGGAGAAGGUACAAAUACAUUAUUGUCUGGUUCUGCUGGUACAAAUAUCAUACACAUGUGGGAUCCACAGUUGCUGCAGAGCUUCACAUCCAUAACUGUGAGAUGUGGCACAAUUAUUGCCCCAGGAGGUCGUUUGGAUUGGUUGAAUGAAAUAUGCCACUUUUUCAGCUUGCCUUCUCAUGUGAAUGAACAAGCUGGUGGCCAUAACGUGCACAAGGAAUCUUCUGAGGAUCAUGUGGCUUGUGCUUCUUCAUUCUUUCUUGACUUGGUGGAUAUUGCUCUGAGUUAUGAACCACACAUCACAAAUUCAGUGACCGAUGAUGGAGUUCUGGAAUUUGAAUGUGACAGUUCUGCUAAGCCUGUCGAAGAAUCUGGUGAACAAUGUGUUGCAUGUCUUCUAGCUGCAGCUUCAUUACAUCUUUCUAACAAAUCCUUGGCAAGUUCUACAUUCAAUGAAUUCAAAAUAAGACUACAAGAUAUUGGGCUUCUUAUUUCUGCCUCAUCUUGGUCAGACAAUGAUGAAGGUACCUACAGCGUGGAAUAUCUUCGCAAGAGUGGCUAUGUUAAAGUUGCUGGGGAGACACUUGUGGAAGCCAUUUUGAGAACAAAUUGUAAUAGUGGCCUGCUGUGGGAAUUAGAGUGUUCAGAAUGUCAUAUUCAUCUUGACACCUGCCAUGACACAACUGCUGGUCUUAUUCGUUUGGUUGGUCAACUUCAGCAGCUUUUUGCACCUGACAUAGAGGAGUCUGUUGCUCAUUUGCAGACUAGGUGGGAUACUGUUCAACAGGUGCAUGGACGUGAUUACACCACCGCAGUCCAGGUCGUUGACAGUUGUUCUGUCUCACCGAUUUUGUCAGGUCAAACCUCAAAUAGAGGUGUGGAAAGUAGAUCUAUGGUGGUUGGACUGAUGGAUGAGAUAUAUGAGGAUGCUUUUUACAGAAAUCAUACCUGUCCAUCUGGUUCUUGCGAAGUGCAGUCUCAUAUUGCAGUGGAGGGAUGUCUGCCUCGGCAAGUGCAUAACUUGAACAGCACUCCUACAUCUAGUGAUGCUUUCCCUCUAAAUUCUUUCAUGAGGCCAGUGUGUGGGGUAGCAUUGGAAAAAUUUCAGUCUUCGUCACCCGCAGAGGGAGCUUACUUACCAGAAUUCAUUGAAGGCUAUUGUACAACCGAGUUGCUUCCUCCGCCACAAUCAUCUGUGAACAUCCAUUCACUGAAUGAAGUUGAUUUAAAAUGCAAAUACCACAAUUCAGCUCGUGUUGAUUUAGAAAGUGGCAAGGGUGGAUGGUACAAGGACAGUUCAUUGCAAAUAAUAGAAAAUCACGUUUCAAAAGUGAGUGAGCAUGAUGCAGGGGAACAAAUACAUGAAGAAAGUGAGCUUCCUUCAGUCAGUUCAAUUACACCUGCUGAGUCAUGCAAACCAAGUGCACAGAUACUUCUGAAGAACAUCGAUGUGAGAUGGAGGAUGUAUGCUGGAUCUGACUGGCCUAACUCAAGGAAGAAGGUCCCACCUGCUCUAAAUACAGGUGGAAGGGACACCACAAUAUGUCUAGAGGUUGCAUUGUCUGGGAUGAACAUUCAGUAUGAUAUGUUUCCUGAUGGAGAAAUACAUGUGUCAAAUCUUUCACUAUCGGUCCAGGAUUUUAAUCUCUAUGACAGCAGUAGGGAUGCCCCUUGGAAGAUGGUUCUGGGCUAUUAUCAUUCAAAAGAUCAUCCUAGGGAAUCCUGUGCAAAAGCAUUUAAGUUGGAUUUGGAGGCUGUCAGACCAGAUCCACUGAUCCCCCUUGAAGAGUACAGGCUACGUGUUGCGUUUCUUCCUAUACGCUUACAUCUAGAUCAAAGCCAGCUUGAUUUUCUCAUCAGUUUCUUCGCAUGCAAGGAUUCAUCCAUUAAUCAGUCUCGGAAUCUUUCCAGUGAUCUGAGCGAGUCAAGGGUAUUGUCAACAAAGAAUUGCAUUCUAGGGAGGCAACCUAUUGCCCAAGAGGCAUUACUUCCCUUUUUCCAGGGAAUUGAGUUACAGCUCAAACAUGUUCAUGCAGUUGGUAUAUAUGGCUGGGGCAAUGUCUGUGAAACAAUAGUAGGGGAGUGGUUGGAAGACAUUUCACAUAAUCAGGUUCAUAAAUUAUUGAAAGGGCUUGCUCCUAUUCGAUCGCUGUUUGCAGUUGGUUCUGGUGCUGCCAAACUGGUUUCUUGGCCAGUUAAGAGCUACAGGAAAGAUCACAGGUUGCUCAAGGGGAUGCAAAGAGGUGCAGUUGCAUUCUUAAGAAGUAUCUCGAUUGAAGCAGUUGGGUUGGGGUUACAUUUGGCAGCAGGAGCUCAUAACAUCCUACACCAAACAGAAACUAUUCUCACAAGUAUUCCACCUUCUGUACCAUUGACUGUGAGAAGCGGAGGAAGGAUGAGCGUGAGAUCUAACCCGCCUAAAGAUGCGCAACAAGGGAUUAAGCAGGCCUAUGAGAGCCUCAGUGAAGGCCUAGGCAAGACAGCUUCUGCUCUGGUUGGGAAUCCCAUUAAGGCGUAUCAGCGUGGUGCCGGUGUUGGAUCAGCUCUGGCGAGUGCUGUCCGUGCAGCUCCUGCAGCCGCUAUAGCUCCUGCCUCUGCUGCUGCCCAGGCCUUUCACUGUGCCUUUCUUGGAGUAAGAAACAGCAUAGACCCUGAACAUAAGAAAGAAUCCAUGGAGAAAUAUCUGGGCCCCUCUCAACCUCGAGCUUGCAGAAAAUAGUGUUUCCAGUGUCCACUAUCAUCUUACAAUCUUAAUCCUCUCAACACUGACACUUACUGAAACAGCGUCCUCUGAAGCAGAUUGGAGGCAGAUCGGAAACUGACGAGUUAUUGCACUUGAACAGUCUGUAUUAUGUGUACAGUUAUUUGAACAGAUUCUUUACAAAUAUCGGAACAAGAUGGUGAGUCUGUAGAUAAUGUAAAUAGCAGUGCUCCCCAUCCCUGGUUUGUUCUGAUGGAGCCUUGUUGUUUUAAUAAUACGACAAAGCUCAUAUAAUAUAUAGGUUUUGUAAUAUGCCACUAAUCAUUUUUUAAUCCUCAAUUAUAGUGGUUUUCAUUUUUCUCA